AUGGCUCCCGUUGCUCCAAGGUCUGGCGAUGCUAUUUUCGCUAGCGUUGAACGCGUGAAUGCGGAGCUCUUCACUCUGACUUAUGGUGCUAUAGUGCGUCAGCUGCUCACCGAUCUGGAAGAGGUGGAGGAGGUCAACAAACAGCUCGAUCAAAUGGGCUAUAAUAUUGGGGUCCGGCUAGUGGAUGAAUUUCUUGCGAAAUCUAAUGUGUCGAGAUGUGUUGAUUUUAAGGAAACAGCUGAAGUCAUUGCCAAGGUAGGAUUCAAAAUGUUCCUGGGAGUUACUGCAUCAGUCUCCAAUUGGGAUGCUGAAGGAACAACCUGCAGUAUAAUAUUGGAGGAUAAUCCUCUUGUAGAUUUUGUUGAGCUUCCUGAUACCUGUCAAGGUCUAUAUUAUUGCAACGUUUUAAGUGGAGUUAUCAGAGGAGCUCUCGAGAUGGUGUCAAUGAAAACUGAAGUCACAUGGCUGCGAGAUAUGCUUAGAGGGGAUGAUGCAUUUGAGUUGCAGGUGAAACUUCUGAAGCAAGUUCCCGAGGAGUAUCCAUACAAAGACGAUGAGUAA